AUGUCUCGCAACGUUCGACAAAAGCACCCCUCCACGCCCGUCAAGGCGUCCAAGCGCCGCGGCUCCGACUCGUCGUCUUCUCUUGACCUUUCCGAUGACGAUGGCUACUCCGCCGUCGAGGACAUAAGCGAUUCCGAGGACGACGAUGAGGACGAUGUCAAUGCGGUCGAGGAGGAGAACAUUCUGAUCGAGGCUGUGCGCCCCGGCCACACUCCUCGACCGCAACCCGCCCCCGUUGCCGCUGCCGACGACGAUGAUGACGACGAGGAAGAGGACGAGGAGGAAGAAGAGGAAGAGGAUGAUGAAGAAGAAGAGGAAGACGAGGACGAUGAGGACGACGGCGAGGCUCGCUUCGGCGACGGCGACGAGAGUGCCAGCUGGGCUGGCAUCGUGUCCGAGGCCGACGCCAGCCAAGUCUCCGACUUUUACCACGAGCCCAACACCUUUGCCGCCGAUGCUGCCGUCGCGCGCCACGUGCGUUUCGACGUGCCCUCGAGCGAAUCCGACUCCACCGACACCGACGAGGACGAUCACGGCGAUCUGUUCCCAGACAUUUUCGUCUCCCAAAACUCUCUCGACCCUGCCUUUCGCCGUGAGAUUGAGCACGACCCAGAUGAGUCUUCUGGCUCUGGCUCGUUUUGGGACUUCAAUGGCCAAUAUGAAGAGGAUCCGCGCGAUUCAGAUGCCGAAGAGGUCGUCCGCGAGGUGUCGGAUGACGAGACGCCCACCGCCACGCCUAGGCCUGCCCAGUCUGCGGUUUCUGCCCAGUUCACACCUUCAUUUGAAGAGAAUCUUGAACUGGACGGCUACGAAACCGACGGCGACACAACCGAGGAAGACAUUCCGGAUCCUCCCAUCCGUCGCAAGACCCGGCGCCCGUCUAAUCCCAUGAGCGAGGUGUCCGACUCGGACACGGAGUCGGCGGUGCAGACGGAGCGCGGACAACCGCGCGUCGGCCGGUUCAAGCUUGACCGUUCGGACAAGAAGCCGAUUGCCGUGCUAAACCCCCUGACGCGCAAGAUGAUGAUCUUUACGCCGCACCGCCGGCGCCAGCUCGACCUGUCGCCCGAGCAGUUUAACUUCCCCUGGUGCAUGGAAGAGCAGUCGUCGCCGCUGCUCAGCAACUCUGCCAACAUGAUGCUGAGCGCCAUGUUCUCCACAAACACCUUUGCCGACCUGGUCAACCCGCAGACCAUGGGUCCGGCCGAGGCCUUCUUCCCCUUUCCGUCCGAGGCCAACACGGCCGAUGAGAGCUCGACGGCGCCGCCCAGCCUGCAGGGCGACGGCGACGAGGCGGAGAAGAAGCUGGACAUAAGCGACUUCAUCACCUGGGACGGCGACUCGUCAGGCGACGAGGCCGACGCCGACUGGGAGCCCUCGUCAACGCCGCUGCGGCCGAGCACCGCCGGCGAGCGCGACGUCCUGUCGCACCUCAACUCGGACACGGUGGGCGCCUUCCGCCGCAACCAGAUCAACCAGCAGUUGAUCCUGAGCAACCAGGCGACGCAGGACUCGCUGGCGUUUAGCGGGCCGUACAACUACACGGCGCUCAAGGGCCUCAAGUCGGACAGGUUCGACACGGCCGGCAUCCCGCUGACGCCCGUGCGCCGGCAGAAAAAGCACCUCAGCGAGGUGGCGCGCAGCCCGCUCGAGCAAGUCUCGGCGAAGCGCAAGGCUUCGGGCGACGCCGGCGGCGGCCACAAGAAGCACAGGAGCAUCUCUGACGUCAAUUUCUUGAGGAUAUGA